AUGACGGAAGUACCCCGUGAGGGUUCCGUAGCAAAUCGCGAUCAGAUCUCAUCUUCUCCGCUCUCUCUGUUUGUGCUUAAGAAGAUGUCAGAAGAUCGGGAUCCCGAGUACCGCUGCUUCAUUGGUGGACUUGCCUGGGCAACGUCUGAUCGUGGCCUCAGAGAUGCCUUUGAGAAGUACGGCCACCUCCUUGAGGCCAAGGUGGUUCUUGACAAGUUCUCUGGCCGUUCCCGUGGGUUCGGUUUCAUCACUUUUGAUGAGAAGAAAGCUAUGGAUGAAGCCAUUGCGGCAAUGAAUGGGAUGGAUUUGGAUGGGCGAACUAUCACUGUUGACAAAGCUCAGCCGCAUCAGGGUGGGGCAGGCAGAGACCAUGAUGGUGACCGCAGUCGUGGUGGUGAUCGUGGGUAUGACCGUGACCGAAGCCGUCCUUCUGGUGGUGGGCGAGGUGGAGGUGGUGGAGACUGCUUUAAAUGUGGCAAGCCUGGGCAUUUUGCAAGGGAGUGUCCUUCUGAGUCUAGUAGAGGUGGCAGUGGUGGUGGAAGGUACAGCUCAAAGGAUGAUAGGUACGAUGCCAAGGACGAUAGGUACGGUGGUGGUAAGGAUGAUAGGUACAGUGGUAAGGAGGAUAGGUACAGUUCAAGGGACGAUAGGUAUGGUGGGAAGGAUGAUAGGUAUGGUAGGGAUGGUGGAGGCAGGGAUCGCUAUGGACCUGAUCGCAGUGGAGAACGUGCUGGAGGACGUAGCAGCAGGGAUGGUGGCAGCCGUGGAGGUCCAGGAGGUGAGAGGCACAGCCGUGCUCCAUAUGACCGCCCCAGGGCUGGUUACUAG